AUGGGCGGCGUCAUUUCAAGCAUCCAAAGCAGCAUCACCGCCAUCACCAGCGUCAUCCGCACAAUCUCCACGCUCAACGCAAAAUACCAAGCCCUCCUACAGCGCAUCGAAACAGGGCCAUUCACUCCAGUAGAGAAUCCUACGGAAUCAUAUUGGAUGCGGGAUGCUCCCUUUCCGGACAUUGGCGAUGUAUUGGGUGAUAUACCGGAGGAGGCGGAUGUGGUUGUUAUAGGGAGCGGGAUUACAGGCGCUGCUGCGGUGAAGACGUUGUGCGAGCUAUCCUCUUCUUCUUCAACUGGGGAUGGUGAUGGUAAGAAAGCGCCGAGGAUAGUGGUUCUGGAGGCAAGACAACUGUGCAGCGGCGCGACGGCGCGGAAUGGCGGGCAUAUCAAGUGCACCCCCCACGAAGAAUUUUCUCGUCUUCGCAAGACUUUGGGGGAAGAAAGGGCGAGGAAGAUUGUGAGGAUGCAGAUGAGGCAUUUGGAGGUGCUGAAGCAAGUUGGUGAGGAGAUGCCGUGGGGGGAGGUGAGGGAGGUUGAGACUGUGGAUGUUUUUCUUGAGGAGGAUGGGUUUGAGAGGGCGAGGAGGGGGGUUGAGGAGAUGAGGGGGUGGAUGCCUGAAUUUGAGGUUAGUGUUUGGGAGGGGGAGAGGAUGAGGGAGAAGUUUGGGGUGAAUCGCCAUAUUGUUGGUGCGAUAUCGUAUCAAGCUGGGGCUCUUUGGCCGUAUCGUCUUGUUACGAGCACAUGGAACGAUUUGAUGACUCGAUAUCCAAACCUCACCAUUAGUACACACACGCCCGUCUCAUCCAUCACCACAAAUGACUCUUCAUCAUUCCCAUACACAGUUCACUCUUCUCGCGGCACAAUCCGUGCACGGCACAUUCUCCAUGCCACAAAUGCUUACACAGGGCAUCUCAUUCCGGCCCUUCGUGGCUGUCUAACAGGAGUCCUCGGACACAUGACUGCACAGGAACCAGGAACUGAAUUCGAGCCCGUGUGUCAUGGCGGACGGUCUUGGUCAAUAAUGUACGGGACAGGAUUUGAAUAUAUAACGCAAAGGCCAGAUGGAAACGAUGGAUCUCCAGGUGACUUGAUGAUUGGAGGAGGGUUAUUCAGGAGUAAAGAUGAGGGCUUGGAUCAGAUUGGUGUGUGGGAUGAUUCCAGAGUGGAUGCUUUCCCGUUAAUGCAUCUCAGAGGCAGCAUGCCCACAGUAUUCGAGCCGAAAUGGGGUGCUGGGGGACAAUUGAAAGGUGCUUGGAGCGGAAUCAUGGGUUUCACAGGCGAUGUGCUUCCCUUUGUGGGAAGUCUUUCGCCUGGAGCUGGUGGGCUGAGGAAGAGUCUUGGUGGAGGGCUUGAGAAGGGUGCCGGAGAGUGGAUAGCUGCUGGGUUUAAUGGGGAGGGCAUGGUGUGGGCGUGGUUGAGCGGUGUUGCUGUGGCGAUUAUGAUGUUGGGUAAGGAGGAGGAUGGUUUGGAGGAGAGUGUUGGGCGGCCGGGGGGGAGGUUGGGGGAAUGGUAUCCGGUGGAGGAGGUUAGGGUUGAUAAGGCGAGGUUGAGGAGGGCGCGGUUGGAGAAUUUGGCGAAUGAGAUUUGA